GACGACGCGGGGCGCCGCUCGGUCUGGCGCUUGUACGCGGUGCUGACCACACGUGGAGUCUGGAUUGCCCUCAGUCUGCAGCGGUUGCCGAGCUAGUCCCGGGGGCCGCAGCUGCAGCAACGGAGCACCGAGGCCCCGUGCGCGGAAGCGGAUUUAGCGAGCGGAAGACCGGGAGCCCCGGCGGCGGCCUCUCAGUGAGCGGGAGGCCGGGAGCCCCGGCGGCGGCCUCUCAGUGAGCGGAAGACCGGGAGGCCCAGGCACACUCCUGGAGUCGCGGCAUCAUGGGGCCGAGAAAAAACACAAAGAGAGUUCCAAAUUUUCGCAGGCUGCUGAAAACAAGUAAUGUUAAGCUUGCAAAUAAAUUGAAGAAUAAACAAUAUAAGCAGCAAAGUGUGGCAAAGAAAUACAGGAAAGAACUGAAACAACUUCGACAAGCUGCUCGAGAUGUUUCAGCUAAAGUACCAAAGCCAUUGGACCAGCCCAAAAGGAAAAGACCGGAUGAAGAGGGAAGAAUGGAUGAGGACCAUCUUCCUUUAGAUAUGCUAGAGGAUGACGACUUGGAAUAUAUGCAAAGUAUGGGUCCAAAGUGCACUUUUUUGCUUAGGGAGAUUAGUGAUUGUUUUAAUUCCAUGUCAAAAAGCGAAAAACAUGAAAAUAAGGUAGAACAGUAUGAGAAAGUGCCAAGGCAGUUGAAUACUGAACCUGAUAAAGAACUUACAUUACUGCCUUUUAAGGAUAAAAGAGGUAUCAUUCCCCGCUCAGUAGAAAAAGCCUGGUAAGAAUAUAGUGAAGAAGAAGAAGAAAUGACUGAGGUAGUUCAACAGCAUGAAGAAGUUGCUACAGUGGAGCCUCUUCAAAUGUUGACCACAGAGGAGAGAUUGCUGCUGAGAAGGAAGACAUUGGAAGAUAAAAAGAUCCGCAUCGCCAGUUUGGCCUCGUCCAUCUUGACUGCACCAGAUAACAAUAUUAAACAGCUGAAGGAACUACGUUCAAUGUUAAUGGAAACGGACCCACAUGUUGCAGUAACAGUGAGAAAAUUGGUGAUGGUUUCUUUGUCAGAGGUCUUUAAAGAUAUCACACCGUCGUACAGGAUACGGCCUUUAACUGAAGCUGAGAAGACAGCAAAGGUUAAAAAAGAAACACAGCAUUUGAGAGAAUUUGAAGAAGGAUUAGUGUGUCAGUACAAGUUUUAUCUGGAAAAUCUUGAACAGACUGUUAAAGACUGGAAGCAGAUGAAGAAAAAGAAGAGUAAUGUUGUUUCGCUAAAAGCAUAUAAAGGCCUUGCAGAAGUGGCUAUCAAAUGUCUUUGUGAUUUGCUGGUGGCUUUACCACAUUUUAACUUCCAUAACAACGUUGCUGUGAUGAUUGUACCACUUAUGAAUGACGUGUCAAGGAAGAUUUCACAGAUGUGUUGUGAAGCUGUGGAAACUCUUUUCAAACAGGACAAAGUUGGCCAAGCUUCACUUUGUUUGGUCAAAAUAAUCUCUGGUCUUGUUAAAAGCAGAAGCUAUGAGCUCAGACCUGAGGUGCUGAAAACAUUCCUUACUUUGCGGAUUAAAGAAGUGGAGGUUAAAAAAGAUUCAGAAGAUAUUGCCCCUAAAAAAAGAUUUCUGACUUGUAAAGAGAAGAGAAAAAAUCUGUCCAGGAUGCAGAGAAAGUGGAAAAAAGCAGAGGAGAAACUUGAGAAAGAACUUCUAGAAACAGAAGCUGCAGAAAGUAAAGACAAAAAACUAAAAUUGCACACUGAAAUCCUCAACAUUGUCUUUCUGACAUACUUCAGAAUCCUGAAGAAAGCACAAAAAUCUAUUGUUCUCCCUGCAGUUCUGGAGGGUCUUGCCAAAUUUGCUCAUCUCAUUAAUGUGGAAUUCUUUGACGAUCUUCUGGUUGUACUAUAUUCUCUCAUUGACUCUGGGAGCCUUAGUUACAGAGAGCGCCUUCACUGCAUUCAAGCUGCUUUUCACAUUCUUUCUGGUCAAGGUGAUGUGCUGAAUAUUGAUCCUAUGAAAUUCUACACUCACCUUUACAAAAUGUUGUUUGCACUACAUGCUGGAAACCAAAUGAAGAAGUUUUGAUCCUGCCUGCAGUGUCUAGACGUGAUGCUGAUAAAAACGCAGGAAGCAAGUUUUCUCUGCAACGUGCAUUCGCUUUAUAUUAAACGUCUGACUACUCUGGCACUUAAUGUUCUACCCAAUUCUGCCAUUGGUAUCUUGGCAACUAGCAGAAUAUUAAUGAAUUCAUUUCCAAAGACAGAUAUUUUGCUCGAUAGUGAAUCUCAAGGUAGUGGACUUUAUCUCCCAGAGCUUGAUGAACCUGAAUACUGCAAUGCGCAGAACACUGCUUUGUGGGAGUUGCAUUAUCUCCAGAGACACUUUCAUCCUGUGGUGCAAAGGUUUGCAGCGCAUCUUAGUGUGGGUGCACCAUCAGAAGGCUCUGGAGCCCUGAGAGCUGAACUAAGCAGAAAACAUGCUACUGAGCUUUUUGAAGAGUUCAGCAUGAAAGCGAUGACCUUCAAUCCUCCAAUCUCAUCUGUCACAUCAAACAAGAAGAAGUCGGCAAUGCAGGGUGCAUUCCUUGAUUCAGAGUUACAAAAUCAAAUAAACCUGCUUCUUGAAAAUCCUUCCAACGUCGAUGAUCUCAAAUUUGCUGAAGACUUGCACAAACAGUCAUGCACAUAAUGGUAAUUACUAAACAAAGAUUAUAAGCAUAGCUUGAAUAGCUGAAGAUUGGUUUAUCAGUGUUAAGUUUGCUCUGCAGUUCUAGGUUAUUCAUGGCAUCCAUGGUGAAUGUAUAUAUGUAAACACUUGUGAAUCUAGAAUACCCUUGUUAAUUCAGAUGAAAUGGCAAGAAUAACAGGUUGUAUGUAUAAAUUAAGUUAAAUGGCAACCUUUGCUUUAUUUUUAUUGGACAGAUAAGAUUGUGACAACAAAAAAAUUCUUGAAUUUUGUAUGGAUUAGUAUAAAAUUUCUUGCCUUCAGUGAUAGUAACAUGCAAACUUUGUAAUAAUUCAUAAUGUUGACUUAUUACUUUUAAGUAAUAAAUAUAUGGCAUAACCUUGA